AUGGCCAGCAGACGCCUGCCACUGGCCACCGUGCCCAACGCCGUCAACUCGCCCGUCCGCAAUGUUGCUGCUGCUGUUGCUGCUGCUGUGAGCGGCAAGCGCACGCGAGCCCAAGCCGGCGAUACUCGAGAAAGCACAUACGGCCAGCCACCAACCAAGAAGCAAGCUCUGGCUAUAGCCUACCCAAACGAAGAUGAAGAGAACGUCGAUCCCAGGCCGAGGCGCGGUCCCACCGCUUUCGAGCGGAAGCUCGCAUCUGCUCGUGAGAAGAAGACCACACCGCAAUUGCAACCGCAACCGCAACCGCAAUCGCGUACUCUCGAUCGCACGCUAAAGCAACAAGCCGACAAUCUUGAAUCUGUUCGACAAUGGCAGAAACACUACCGCCGCCAGUUUCCACAAUUUGUCUUCUACUUCGACAAUGUCUCCGACGAUGUCCGCCACAAGGCUAUGCAGUCUAUCCGCCUGCUUGGAGCACGCGAAGAGAAGUUCUUCUCCAAAUCCGUUACCCAUGUGGUCACGACGCGUGCUGUACCUGCCGAGACCAACAGCACUAGUCCAGAUGACGAAGGCAAGUACGAUGGCAAGCAGGAUGCUGCUCAGCUAGACAUUGACGCCCGCAGACCACAAGGCUCAGGCGCCGACAUCAUCGCGAAAGCUCGUGCCCUCAGUAUCAAGAUAUGGGCAUUGGAAAAGCUUCAUCGUGUCCUCGACACGAUCCUCGACAAGGAAACUGGCGAACCGGUGGUGGAUACGCGUGCCUCCACCAGGCCUUCCAACAGAGCCACUACCCAAGAUGUCGACUUGGAACAGUUGCUUCGUCAUGAGAAGGUCAGAGGUCCUGCUGACCGAGACAUGAAUGUCGUAGCGCAGGAUAUGGUCUCCCUCCGUGGCCCUUACAUUUACAUACACGACAUGGAUGAGAAGACCAAGCCAGUCAUGGUUCGUGAGUAUCAGAAACCGCAGUCUAAGGAGCAAGGCAAGUGGCCUCAAUUCCGGCUAUCAGGUCCGGGAAGAUGUCCGUUCAUUGAAGAUCCCAACCACGCAAAGAAGGCAGCCCGAGAUCGAGAAGCUCGCACAUCCAAGGCUCAAGAUCUUGCUCACCGUACCACUCGUCAAAACGCAGCGAACCAAGCCCUCGUAGAGCGUGAAAUCAAUCUCAGACGAUCACCUCGAAAGCUUGCUCAGCCUACCAACCUUCCCAUGAAGCAAUCACAGUCGGUCAUCCAACCUCCUCCCACGCGACGUCAGUCCUCUACCGAAGUCACUCCAGCUUUCUUCAACAGCACAGCUGCCAAUAUGCGAGGCCUUCCACGUAUGGUUCGCGGGGAGCCAGUCGCGUCUGGUGUUCAGCCAUCCAACGUGACGUCUGCCAUUCGGUCCCAAGCCAUUUCAUCGACUGCCAUCUCCUCGACCGCUCCAGGUCUUCAACGCCGUUUCGGUGAUUCCAAGGAAGUCUCACUGUUGAAGCGGAAGGUCUUAGCAUCAAAUCACAGUGUUCCGUCGUCUUAUGCAACCGAUGUGAGGGCCGCGAUCAACGAUGAUCAGUGUCCACCUCCUCGAGCAGCGAAGCGUAAAGCCCAGGAAACCCUGGGCGUGGUACAGGAAGAUGAGGAUGCUGCAGAACAGUCCCGCGGUCGUGUCAAUACCACGAAGCGCAAGAAGAUGCCCGAAAAGGAUCCAAAGCCGGGUUACUGCGAGAAUUGUCGCGACAAGUUUGACGACUUUGAAGAGCAUAUUGCAUCUCGCAAGCACCGAAAGUUCGCAAUGACUCUCGACAAUUGGCGUGACUUGGAUGCGCUUCUUCAGCAACUAAAGCGUCCACACAAGGAGAAGACAAUCCAUGAGCACUGA